GCGUGGUAACCCUGCACCCGGAGAUGAAUUAAUUCAGCGGAUCUCGCAGUCAGAUGUUUUCCGUUGUCGCGCGACAGCGACAGCUCGCCGCGCUGUCAAGUUCUGUUUCGACCGGCGGUCGCGCGCGCUUUCAUUUCCCCGAGGUAAUACGUCACUCGAGCGCUUAUCAGCUCAUCUCAUUCUCACCCAGUCCAACGCCCGUCAACUCGACGAACAACUGAGCGUUUUUCAGGAAUUUCAGGUUCCCGUGCUUAUCGCCAGAUUUACACAUUUAUCGGUCCGCACAACGUAACCCUACCUCGUGCCAUCACACCGUCUGUCUCGGCCACGCAAGCGGGUACCAAAGAACAUUGCAGCGGUCAAUUCCACGUGGACGUCCGCAAUGCGACUCGAGGGUCGCGCAACUUGACGUUGAGAGGACGAGGACUGGAUAGUCGGAGCAAGAAUUCAAUCUGUAAACAUCGCGUGAAACGACGAGCUGAACCAUUAAGGCGAGGAAUCUGGUUUACGCCAAGUGGAGAAAAUAGCGUGUCUUUGGCAGUGUCCGUUUGCAAGUAACACUGGGCUACAUGGUAAGGAUGAACAGAAAGACCAACAGUGCGACUGCCAGAUUGAGACAGGACUAUCUGCGCCUUAAAAGAGAUCCAGUGCCGUAUGUUCUUGCGGAGCCAGUGCCUUCGAAUAUCCUGGAAUGGCAUUACGUGGUCAUAGGACCAGAAAAAACACCAUACGAGGGUGGAUUUUAUCAUGGAAAACUCAUAUUUCCAGGAGAGUUUCCAUUCCAACCUCCUAGCAUUUACAUGACCACUCCCAACGGCCGAUUUAAAGUCAAUACGAGAUUAUGUUUGUCCAUUUCCGACUUCCAUCCAGAUACAUGGAAUCCAGCGUGGAGCGUAUCUACUAUUCUUACUGGCUUACUCAGCUUUAUGAUUGAAAAGAGUCCCACGCUCGGCAGUAUUAAUACAACAGAUUAUGAGAAGAGACAGCUGGCUGCACAAAGUUUAGAAUAUAAUUUGAGGGACAAGAUGUUCUGCGAACUCUUUCCAGAAACUGUCGAGACGAUCAGAACGGAACUGGAACGUCGGAAAGAACUUGAGAAACAAGCGAGGCAUCAGUCCACUGCAUCCGAAGUCUCUUCAUUGAUACGAGAUCAGUUCCAGAGAGAUCAGAGCCCACUGCACAGCGCACUGGCAAAUCUCGUUGUCAUCAUUGGCUUCGCGGCGUUUGCGUACACGGUGAAUUAUGUGCUGAAGAGCAUAGCCAUGGAAUAAGUCCGAAUCAGAAUACUAUGUAUUUCAAGCUACACGAAACAAAGGGAGAAAGAGAGAGCUGUAACGAUCACCUACAAUGACCUACAUACAUCCGGGAAAGAAGAGGAUUACAUGAAGAAAGAAGAUAUAGGUUAUACUUGCCUGUCGAUCAAUCUUUCAAAUUCGUGCAGACCGAGCUCCAUUCGGUUCCACGCGGCUUGGAACCUUCGCCAGUAAAACUGUGGAUAGUUUCAUAGAUUUUUAUAUCAAGGAUUCAUUGUAAGAUACAAGCUGUAUUAUACUUGCAAAUUUUACGCGCUCUAGCCAUUAACGAAUAAUCUCAAUUCGCAUAAGACACGUGCGCAAGACGGAACAUAUAAUCGCAGUGGCUUCCCUGCCAUUUUUCUUAUCAGAUUUGCUCUCUUCUGACUUAUAAACAUAAGUAUGAGAAACCAAGUUUCUUCUUUGCGGUGCUGAUAUCCUUCCUUUUAUUGAAUUUUCUACACUUUUACGAUUGAUUGUAUUCAAAUGCAUCCAAAGAAGUGUGUGUGUGCGUAUAUUACAACACAUUUGUUUAGUCUCGUUUACAGAGAAUCUCUCAAAUAGAAAUACACAAAUUGAUUGCACUUCGCAAUGUGCCAAUAAAACUAAAUCCAAAAUUAAAAUGCAAUUUCGACGAAUCAGAUUAUGCUUCGCAGCCUGACUCAUCCUAUUCAUGGAAUGAGUCAACAUUUUGUAAAUAUGUGAUAAGGCUGGAGGCGUUAUUGCGUUCAAGAGCGUACUAUUAAUUAUUGUAUUGUUUUAUCUUUAUUAAACAUGAAACAAGGAUAGAAUGAUGCAAUGGCACUGAUAGCGCGCUCUCUGAACGCGGCCAGAGAUAUAAUAGGUAUCUCUACGCAAUGUAAAAAAGCGAAUAUAGCUAUAUCCAUCACGUCAUCGGUAAUUAUCUCGACUUCCUUAAAAACUUUACGAUUGAUGUGUUUCUCUGUUUAGGCAUUAAAAUGGCUCGUAGUAUUAUUUCUUCGUGAAUUUCUUCCAUUUGUAUGGCAUUUCUUCCUUAAUUGACACGAAAAAAAAUUUUUAUAUUUCAAG